AUGAGCGGAAGAGCACCACAACGCUUCUGCCACUUUGCAAAGUACAACAAGUACAAGAGCGAACUGAUUUGGUUUGAUUUUACUUCAUCCAUCAGCCCUUUGACAUCUAUACAGAAACGUGAUCAUUUUCAUAGCUUUUUUUUGUGCAAUGCUCUGCUUUUAGGAAUCGCCAUCUCCACAAAGGUAUCGCAGGAUGUACCACUAAUCACUGUGCUCAAUGGCACAUACGCAGGCGUUCAUUCCUCCUCUUACAACCAAGACUUCUUCCUGGGAAUGCCUUUCGCAUACCCCCCUGGCGACGCAGACAGACCAAUUGCAUGUGGACUGCCCGUAUCUGAGGAUUGUUUGACAAUCAACGUCAUCCGACCUUCCAACUAUACUGAUCAGCUCCUACCUGUCGCUGUCUACAUCUACGGCGAAGGUUUCAUAAUGGGUGGCAGUGGUGAUCCUCGCCUGAAUUCAUCUUACUUGAUCCAAGACUCCAUCUCCAUCAAUGCCCCCAUCCUCGCAGUCAAUUUCAACUACCGUUUGUCUGCUUUUGGCUUCCUUGGUGGAUCCGAACUGUUUAAAGCAGGAGCUCUGACCCUCUGGCUCAGAAACCAGAGACUGGCACUCCGAUGGGUUCAGGGCUCUGUUGGCGCUCACCUCCUUGCGUACAAUGGCCGGAAUGAUGGUCUUUUUCGUGGACCCAUUUCUCUAUCGGGCUCGCCCGACGAGAUUUAUGCCAAACUCACCACCAGUGCUAGCUAUGAAAACGCAACAAAUACACUCGACUGUUUGAGGAAUGUUCCCCUUGAUAUUCUCGGCGACUUAGUGAACUCCACCGCAACAGCUAGAGCAAUAUGGAGACAAGCUCUGGACAAUAAUUUCGUUGUGGACCUCCCCAUUAGGCAGCUGGAGCGAGGCGACUUUGUCAAAGUGCCAUACCUACUGGGAUCAAAUACAGACGAUGGGUCAGAUUUUAUACCAGGGGCUAAUCUCGACCACAACACAUUAUAUCCUACAGUGCAGAUAAACACUGAUAACGAGUUCCUGAACUACAUCACAUUGCUUGGUGCCAACUCAACCACGGUUCCAAAGCUCCUCGAUCUUUACUCGCAAAACGCUACCGACCAGAUUCUUGCUACGUAUCCGAAUAACCUAGGACCUGAGGUGGGGUACCAGUACAAGCGGGCAGCCUACCAAUACCGCUGGAACGUGAUCCCCAACGGAAUACCCCGUCACAUUGGUGCCACCCACGCCAAGGAGAUCGUCUCCGUCUUCAACGACCUGAAAGGCUGGGACUAUGAUGUGAGCCCGUGGACGAACAGACCUCAAUCGUACCCCGAUCUCGCUUACACGAUGUCUACUACCUGGGCCGCUUUCGUCGCCACGGGGAACCCGAACCGGAACGGGAUCGACGGAGUUGGAACCGAGUGGCCGGUAUACAGCAACGAGUCAUCGAAGACCUUCGUCUUUGGUGCCAACGUUACGAGUUAUGUGAGGAUGACGCGACCCGCAGCGAGAGCAUCGACCCUCCGCAACGCCACCAUCGACUUGUACUCCCUCGCGGCGGAUCUUUUCUCCACAGGCAGAUCCAAUCCCCCGUGGAUCUUACAGUACGCACCACGCCGACACCACGCCGACUAUUCCGCCGUCGCGACGCCUCCUCCGAUCGCCGUAGACUUCUCUCCGCCCAUGCCAUUGUCGUCUAAGCUAAGCCACGUAGAGCAAGUAUAA